GUAAUUGUCACUGAAGUCACACAGAUUUCAAGUGAAAGGUGAUGAACAUCCUUAAUUAGUGCGUAAUUGUCAUUUUAAUAUUUAAAUCUCACAAUUCUUUAAUACUCACAAUUAUUUGCUUAAAACAAUAAAAUAUUGGAUGCUAUUAAUUUGCAGUUAGAAAAAGUAAUGUGUUAAUAGCAAAUGCAUAAAACAAAAUAUGGCUUCUAUCAUGAAACAAGCAACUAAUAUUUGUUUAAAUCCGAAUGCAUCACUUGGAAUUGAUCAAGCAUGUUUUAGUAUUAUAAAUAAAUAUAAACAUAAUCUUACAUUCUAUUCUACCUUUUCUGAAUGUAGAUUGUGUCGUGGGAUACCAACAACCAAUUUAUCUGCAGAAAGUAAUACAACAUUAUUAGUGUCUACAAAAUAUCCACUUCAUAUGUAUUAUAUGAGUAAUCAUUAUGAGUGGUGUCACACAACAUAUGCAUUUAAAGAACAUGGAAGUUAUGGGUGGAAUCUCUCUGCUGAAAAUAUAUGUUCAAAUGUUUAUAUAAUUAAUGAACCAUCUGAUGCUUAUUUUCCAUUACUAGCAGCAUUAAUGAUAUUAAUUAUAUCAAUAAUUGUAAUGCAAAUAGGAAAAGUAAUUGUGAGAGCUAUAAAAUAUUAUUUUUGGCAAAGUACAACGUUCAUUCAUGAUGAUUUAACAAGAUUACAAGAAUCUGAAAGUCCAAUUCCAGCAGCAAUGAAUAUAACUCGGUUAAGUACAAGGAUCCAAUCAAUUGAUACGUUUCGAGGUAUUGCUAUACUAUUAAUGAUAUUUGUUAAUAAUGGAGGAGGAAAGUAUGUAUUUUUCAAUCAUAGUGCUUGGUUUGGUCUUACUGUUGCUGACUUAGUACUUCCUUGGUUUGCAUGGAUAAUGGGUUUGACAAUAGCAAUAUCAAAAAGAGCAGAGCUUCGCAAUACAUCUUCACGAUCAAAAAUAAUUUUACGUAAUUUUACCAGAUCACUGAUAUUAAUAUUUUUUGGUUUAAUGAUUAAUAGUCAAAAAAGUGAAUAUUUACAAGAUCUCCGUUUUCCUGGUGUUCUACAACUUUUAGCAAUUUCCUAUUUUGUCUGCGCUGUGAUAGAGACAAUAUUUAUGAAAUCGCAUAUACAGUUUGAACGAUUCUUUAUUUUAGGAGAUAUUCUACAGAAUUGGAUUCAGUGGUUAAUCAUUUUAACUAUUGUUGCUGCUCACACUUUAAUAACUUUUCUCUUGCCAGUCCCAAAUUGUCCAAAAGGGUAUUUAGGACCAGGGGGAUAUGAUACUUUCAAAAAGUACAUAAAUUGUACUGGUGGUGCAGCUGGUUAUAUAGACAGAUAUGUCUUUGGUAAUCACAUGUACUCUCAGACAAAAAAUCCUGUGUAUGGAGUUAUAUUACAGCAUGAUCCUGAAGGAAUUAUGAAUACUAUAUCAGCCAUAUUUAUCGUCUAUUUGGGAAUCCAUGCAGGCAAAAUUUUACUAUAUUAUUAUCAAUGUAGUUCAAAGAUCUUAAGAUGGUUGCUGUGGUCAUUGAUUAUGGGUAUUAUUGCUGGAGUGUUAUGCGACUUUAGUAAAGAAGAUGGUAUAAUACCACUUAGCAAAAAAAUGAUGACAAUUUCGUUUGUAUUGACAACAUGCAGCUUUGCUUUUCUUUUAUUUGCUAUAUUGUAUUACUUAAUUGACUAUAAGCAAUUUUGGACUGGAGCACCAUUCAUAUAUGCAGGAGCUAAUUCAAUAUUUCUUUAUAUUGGACAUUCUGUUACAAUGGGAUUAUUUCCUUGGUCAUGGAAAGAAAAUUAUCCAACACAUUCUACUCAACUUGUUAUAAAUCUGUGGACAACAACAUUGUGGUUAUUUAUUUCAUAUAUACUUUAUAAAAAGGAUAUUGUAAUUACAGUCUAAAUUUCUGAAAGGAACGUAAUAUAGGUAUUAAGAUAAUUAUUUACUUACAUUAACUUUUUAUGUAUUCGAAAAAAAUUAAUUCUUUUAAUAUUCAUUGGAUUAUUGCUAUUUUCCAAUUAAUAAUAAACAAUUAAACUGUGUUAUUAUUGAAUAAAGCAAUGUAAGUGUUAUUAUAAUAAGAUACAGAGAGAAUACUAAUUACACAACAUGGAGAAGAGAUAAUGAAUAUUUGUUACAGUUUAAUAAAUAAUAAUACUUGGUUUUAUUAUA